CCAGGCUAUGGCGAGCGAGGCCGCGAUGGCGCUGGCGAUGCCGCUCGGCUGCUGAUGAGAGGGGGCAGAUUUCUCAACUCUCUGCGGCAGCUAGCCAGGCAGCCAGUGAGCAACACGCCUUUGAUCCGCAACGCAUUCGAUCUGGGGCACGGCGUUUCCACGCCGAUCAAGCAGGGGUGUAUGUCGCCGCCGUCCAAGGAGAAGCAGUACUUUUUGAUCGGGCUCUCGUCGUCGAUGAAGCAGCAGCACGCUGCUGCCAUGAAGAACUUGCUGACUUCCACACACAUCAAGAACAGCAGCUCUGCCGCUGCUAUGGUGCAAGAACCUCUGGAAGAUAAAAUGGAAACUCCUCCGGUGGAGGACAAUGUGGUUCCUCUUGCACUGGAAACAUCUUCUCCGGAAGAGCAAGUUUGUGAUGCUGGGAUUUCUCCCGGUUACUAG